AUUAUGUAUCUUUAUAUUUUCUAUUUAAAUGUUGAUAAUGAAAUGAAUGAGGUUAUCUGAGGGCUACAGAGCACGAGACGUUUUCGCGCAGUUGACGAGCUCAGUAGUGAAGUGAUACUGCGCAGAGAUGCCCGUGCCUGAUAGAACCGGAUUGAAGAUCGUUGACAUUGACGUCAAAGACGUAAGGUUUCCUACGUCGCUGGGAGGACACGGCUCUGAUGCUUUGCACACCGAUCCAAACUACUCGUGUGCUUACGUUACAAUCACAACAGAAAAGGGCAGCAAGGGCUAUGGUUUGACGUUUACUUGUGGGCGCGGCACCGAGGUGGUCGUCUACAAUGUCAGGUCCUUAAAGAAGUUCAUCUUGGGCAAGAACGCAGCGGAUAUAUUCGCAGACUUCGCUGGCUUUUGGCGCGCCAUCACAAAUGACUCACAGAUGAGAUGGAUUGGGCCAGAGAAGGGAGUAAUCCACUUGGCGGUAGCAGCCAUAUUAAAUUCCCUUUGGGAUCUGUGGGCCAGGCUAGAGAACAAGCCUAUAUGGAGGCUGUUAGUGGACAUGGAACCUGAGGAGUUGGUGUCAACGAUCGAUUUCCGUUACAUAACCGAUGUUUUAACUAAAGAAGAAGCAAUACAAUUGCUUAAAGAUAAAAAUAAUGGUAAACAGAAAAGAGUGAAGUAUUUAGAGGAAAAUGGAUAUCCGGCGUACACGACUCAAGUUGGUUGGCUGGGAUAUAGCGAUGAGACGGUGAAAGAACUAUGCGAAAAAUAUAUAAAACUUGGCUUCACUCAUUUCAAAGUUAAAGUCGGUCUGAAUUUAGAAGAAGAUUACAGAAGGUGCACUCAAGUUCGGAAAUACAUUGGCAAGGAUAGGUUCUUGAUGGUUGAUGCAAAUCAAGCUUGGAGUGUUAACGAAGCUAUUGACUGGAUGAAAAAACUAGCGCCAUUAAAUAUAUUAUGGAUUGAGGAACCAACAUCACCUGACGAUGUGUUGGGGCACGCUACAAUUUCUCAGGCGUUAAGGCCAUACGGUAUAGGCGUGGCUACGGGCGAGAUGUGCGCGAACCGCGUCAUGUUCAAGCAGUUCCUGCAGAGCGGGGGUAUGCAGUACUGUCAGAUCGACUCCGCGCGUAUUGGAGGUAUCAACGAAAUACUCGCCGUAUACUUGAUGGCUUACAAAUUUAAUGUGAAAGUGUGCCCGCACGCGGGUGGUGUGGGACUGUGUGAGAUGGUACAACACUUGCAGUGCUGGGACUACGCCUCACUCUCCGGCACUAUGGAGGGCCGCCUCAUUGAGUACGUCGACCAACAACAUGAACACUUCUACGACCCUACUCUUGUUGAAAACGCAACAUAUCUCGCACCUAAAUUGCCUGGAUACAGCACACAAUUCCUGCCAGAAACACUGGAGAAAUACACAUACCCAAAUGGUAGCGAAUGGCAGCGGAUGUUUAAAGAAGGCAUAUUUCCUCCACCCGAUGAUACUGAACUAGCAAAUGUAUAAAUAUUAACUACAUACAUACAUUGUGAGUUACGGAAUCAUAAUAUAGUCGAACCAGUAUAAGCGAGAUUAUACCUCCUUAGACCUUGAUAUUUUUCUCGCUGACAAAGGUUUCUCUCCCGUUUCUAGCUUAUAAAGGUCGUUUCGUGACCUGACAAUAACUCUCCCUUAUCCAGGUUCGA